AGAAAUCUUUACUAUCAUACAUUAUCAGUUAUCAAAGCACUCAACAUGAGUCCUUCUAAUACCCCGAAACCCUUUCUGGGCAAUGGAAGACCCCAAACCGACCAGAAACAAACUUAUUCCGAGUGGGCCAAGGACAUCUACAACGACCAAUACGAGAAAUGGGUGCCCUGGAUCGAAGAUCAAUACCUGAAGUGGUUUGGAAAAGGUGAUAACAAAGCGUCCUAUGCAACAAAAGAUACUCUCUCCAAAACAAAGGUCACGGGCAUAGACCAAGUGGACAAGAUCCAAGACGACACAUCCAACCUUGUUGGAAAUCAAAUUGGUGACAAGGGACUUUUGGCACCAGUUGGACAGUUCGCAUCGAGGGAGGGUGCCAACAGAGCUGAGAGAAAUGGCAAGGAUGAUUCAGGUUCGUAUAUGGGACCUGCUACCGGUCUGUUCGAGAAGGGGAAGGAGGGUGCCAGUAGUGCAGGGUCUGGGCUGGCUCAGGGUGCUGAGUCUGUUCAAAACAUGACAAUAGGGAAUAUCCCUGGUGCUAGGGGUGUUCUCUCAGGAAGCAGCAAAUAGUCGAUCUGACUUGAUGUCUGCUGGCAGGUUACGUGCCAACGACCGGUCUUCUGAAGAUACUUACGUUCUAUUUCUCUCUGUUUUUUUCUUCUUUUUCUGUCUUUCUUCCCCUUGGCACUAUGUUGUUUAUUGGCAUUUAUCACAUAACGGGGCUCAAAUUUUUUUUAAACACGACAAAGCGCCAGCGCUACUGCCCUUCAUCUAGUUCCUUCGAU